UGCAGAACCAGCCAUGGCAUCCAUGUAACAUAUAUGCAUCUCAAUUGCAUAGAUUGACUGAUCGCACAAAAUUCAUCACUUGAAUAAGGGGGGAGGGCGUCCGGACCCCUUCAAACCUAUAAAUGCCUCGGCAGGUUGAUGAGUAUCUGCUUCAAAACUACAGUCAUAAGCAUCCAUUAAUAUUGAAGACACAAUAUAAUCAUCUACUAGCUGUUUCAUGUGAGGCAUGUGGAGAUCCAGUGCAAGGUCCUUACUAUAGUUGCAUCAAGUGUUCCAACGAAUUCAAUCUCCAUAAGUCAUGUGCCCAGCUACCAAAGGAGAUCCCCCAACACCCUUUGCACAGAGAGCACCCACUUACAGUUGUGACAGAGAGAAAACUAGUCGAAAAGACGGAAAAGUUAAAGCAAGUCUUCCAGCACUCUUUGCACAGCAAGCACCCACUACGUGAACUUUACUCAAGUAGUCAAAGAGGCUUCGUGAGGUUUGAAUGUCAUGCUUGUAGGGCACGAAUUAAUGGCUUCUCCUAUAGUUGUCGCCCAUGUGAGUUCGACCUUCACGUCAAAUGUGCUUUCAAUUCCAGAAACACAGACAACAUACAACAUUUCAUUCACAACCAUCUAUUGACCUUGAGUAUUGAAAAAGGACCACAACUCUUUUGUACUAGAUGCUUAGGGAAAAUCCUUGGUCCUAGAUACAUUUGCGAAAUUCCUUAUGCGAGGGAGGGAAGUUGCUCCUCCAUUGUUCUGCAUCAAUCUUGUGCGAAGCUAGAUGAAAGGAUCCAGCACCUGAUGCACAAGCAACACCCACUUAUUCUCAUUCUAAAUGACGCACAAGAAUCCCACUGUGAUGCUUGUGACAAAGAUUGCAGCCGCAGAUUCACUUACAGUUGUGUACAUUGUCACUUUAACCUCCACCUCAAAUGUAUUCCUGAAAAAGGCUUCAAACAUUUCAGUCACGAGCAUCCAUUAAUGUUCAAGGAGCUGGAAAAGUCAGCUCCAUCAAUUAUUUGUGAUGGUUGCCAGGACCUAGUAUUGGGCCCAAGGUACACUUGCAUCAAUACCUACAAAGGUCACAAAUGCAGUUUCAAUCUCCACAAGUCAUGUGCAGACUUAGCCCACGAGAUGCAGCACCCAAUGCACCAGCAACACCCACUUAUUCUCAAUCUAAAUGGAGCACGAGAAUCCCACUGUGUUAUUUGUGACAAAGAUUGCAGCCGCAGAUUCACUUACAAUUGUGUCCAGUGUGACUUUAACCUCGACCUCAAAUGUAUUCCUGAAAAAGGCUUCAAACAUUUCAGCCACGAGCAUCCAUUAUUAUUCAAGGAGUUGGAAGAGUCUGCUUCAUUAGUUAUUUGUGACGGGUGCCAAGACCCAGUAUUGGGCCCAAGGUACACUUGCAUCAAUACCUACCAAGGUUGCAAAUGUUGUUUCAAUCUCCACAAGUCAUGUGCAAACUUACCCCGCGAGAUGCAGCACCCGAUGCACCAGCAACACCCACUUAUUCUUAAUCUAAAUGAAGCACGAGAAUCCCAUUGUGAUGUUUGUGACAAAGAUUGCAGCCGCAGAUUCACUUACAGUUGUGUCCAGUGUGACUUCCACCUCGACCUCAAAUGUUUUCCUAAAAAAGGCUUCAAACAUUUCAGUCACGAGCAUCCACAAGUGUUCAAGGAGCUGGAAGAGUCUGAUCCAUCAGUAAUUUGUGAUGGGUGCCAAGACCCAAUAUUGGGCUCAAGGUAUACUUGCAUCAAUACCUACCAAGGUUGCAAAUGCUGUUUCAAUCUCCACAAGUCAUGUGCAGACUUACCCCGUGAGAUGCAGCAUUCGAUGCACCAACAACACCCACUUAUUCUCAAUCUAAAUGGAGCACGAGAAUCCCACUGUGAUGUUUGUGACAAAGAUUUAAGCCGUAGAUUUACUUACAGUUGUGUCCAGUGUGACUUCAACCUCCACCCCAAAUGUUUUCCUGAAAAAGGUUUCAAACAUUUGAGUCACGAGCACCCAUUAGUGUUCAAGGAGUUCGAAGAGUCUGCUCUAUUAGUUAUUUGUGAUGGGUGCCAGGACCCAGUAUUGGGCCCAAGGUACACUUGCAUCAAUACCUACCAGGGUCGCAAAUGUUGUUUCAAUCUCCACAAGUCAUGUGCAGACUUAGCCCACGAGUUGCAGCACUCGAUGCACCACCAACACCCACUUAUUCUCAAUCUAAAUAGAGCACGAGAAUCCUACUGUGAUAUUUGUGACAAAGAUUGCAGGCCCAGAUUCACUUACAGUUGUGUCCAGUGUGACUUUAACCUCGACCUUAAAUAUAUUCCAGAAAGAGGCUUCAAACAUUUCAGCCACGAGCAUCCAUUAGUGUUCAAGGAGCUAGAAGACUCUGCUCCAUCAGUUAUUUGUGAUGGGUGCCAGGACCCAGUAUUGGGCUCAAGGUACAGUUGCAUCAAUACCUACCAAGGUUGUAAAUGCUGUUUCAAUCUCCACAAGUCAUGUGCAGACUUACCCUGCGAGAUGCAGCACCCGAUGCACCAACAACACCCACUUAUUCUCAAUCUAAAUGGAGCACAAGAAUCCUACUGUGAUGUUUGUGACAAAGAUUGCAGCCGCAGAUUCACUUACAGUUGUGUCCAGUGUAACUUCAACCUCGAUCUCAAAUGUAUUCCUGAAAAAGGCUGCAAACAUUUCAUCCACCAGCAUCCAUUAGUGUUCAAGGAGUUGGAAGACUCUGCUCCAUCAGUUAUUUGUGAUGGGUGCCAGGACCCAGUAUUGGGCCCAAGGUAUACUUGCAUCAAUACCUACCAAGGUUGCAAAUGUUGUUUCAAUCUCCACAAGUCAUGUGCAGACUUACCCAGUAAGAUGCAUCACAUGAUGCACCAGCAACACCCACUUAUUCUAAAUCUAAAUGGAGCACAAGAAUCCUACUGUGAUGUUUGUGAUAAAGAUUGCAACCGCAGAUUCACUUACAGUUGUGUCCAGUGUGACUUCAACCUCGACCUCAAAUGUAUUCCUGAAAAAGGCUUCGAACAUUUCAGUCAUGGGCAUCCACUAGUGUUCAAGGAGCUGGUAGAGUCUGCUCCAUCAGUUAUUUAUGAUGGGUGCCAGGACCCAGUAUUGGGCCCAAGGUAUACUUGCAUCAACACCUACCAAGGUCGCAAGUGUUGUUUCAAUCUCCACAAGUCAUGUGCAGACUUACCCCGCGAGAUGCAGCAUCCGAUGCACCAGCAACACCCACUUAUUCUCAAUCUAAAUGGAGCACGAGAAUCCCAUUGUGAUGUUUGUGACAAAGAUUGCAGCCACAGAUUCAUUUACAGUUGUGUCCAGUGUGACUUCAACCUCGACUUCAAAUGUUUUCCUAAAAAAGGCUUCAAACAUUUGAGUCACGAGCAUCCACUAGUGUUCAAGGAGUUGGAAGAGUCUGCUCUAUCCGUUAUUUGUGAUGGGUGCCAGGACCCAGUAUUGGGCCCAAGGUACACUUGCAUCAAUACCUACCAAGGUUGCAAAUGUUGUUUCAAUCUCCACAAGUCAUGUGCAGACUUACCCCGCGAGAUGCAGCACCCGAUGCACCCCCAACACCCACUUAUUCUCAAUCUAACUGGAGCAGGAGAAUCCUAUUGUGAUGUUUGUGACAAAGAUUGCAUCCGCAGAUUUACUUACAGUUGUGUCCAGUGUGACUUCAACCUCGACCUCAAAUGUAUUCCUGAAAAAUGCUUCAAACAUUUCAGUCACGAGCAUCCAUUAGUGUUCAAGGAGUUGGAAGAGUCUCCUCUAUCAGUUAUUUGUGAUGGGUGCCAGGACCCAGUAUUGGGCCCAAGGUACACUUGCAUCAAUACCUACCAAGGUCACAAAUGUUGUUUCAAUCUCCACAAAUCAUGUGCAGACUUGGCCCGCGAGAUGCAGCACCCAAUGCACCAACAACACCCACUUAUUCUCAAUAUAAAUGGAGCACGAGAAUCCCACUGUGAUGUUUGUGACAAAGAUUGUAGCCGCAGAUUCACAUACAGUUGUGUCUCGUGUGACUUCAACCUCGACCUCAAAUGUAUUCCUGAAAAAGGCUUCAAACAUUUCAGUCACGAGCAUCCAUUAAUGGUCAAGGAGCUGGAAGAGUCUGCUUCAUCAGUUAUUUGUGAUGGGUGCCAGGACCGAGUAUUGGGCCCUAGGUACACUUGCAUCAAUACCUACCGUGGUCGCAAAUGCUGUUUCAAUCUCCAUGAGUCAUGUGCAGACUUACCCUGCGAGAUGCAGCACCCGAUGCAUCGUCUACACCCACUUAUUCUCAAUCUAAAUGGAGCACGAGAAUCCCGCUGUGAUGCUUGUGACAAAGAUUGCAGCCGCAGAUUCACUUACAGUUGUUUUCAUUGUGACUUCAACCUCGACCUCAAAUGUGCUUCCGAGAAAGGCUUCUUACAUUUCAGUCACGAGCAUCCAUUAAUGAUCAAGAAGCAAGGAGACAGAAACAGAGAGUGUGGUCCAUUAGUUCUUUGUGAUGGGUGCCAGGACCCCGUAUUUGACCCUAGUUACACUUGCAUCAAUACGUACCGACGUCGCAAAUGCCGUUUUAAUCUCCACAAGUCAUGUGCAGAGUUACCCGGCGAGAUCCAGCACCCAGCGCACCGUCAACACCCACUUUUUCUGCUCAAUAAAAUUCAAGAUAUCAAAGUUCGUUGCUCAUGUAAUGCCUGCAAUCAACCUUGCAGAUACCGGUACAGCUGCUCCAAAUGUGAUUUCAACUUUCACCUCAAAUGUGCCACCAAUUGGCGAAACAUUAUCGAAACUGAAUCUCAUGAGCAUCAGUUGAUGGUCCCCCGGAACCAGCUCCACGUUAUAUGCGACGUUUGUGGGGAGUUCCGGAGUGGCACUACCUACUACGUCUGUAGCAUCUGCCAGCUCUUGGUCGAUGAGGAAUGUGCUUCAUUACCAUGCGGCACAAAAAUACCCGGGCACCAACACCGCCUCAAGCUAACCUGGUUCCUUGAAGACAUUUACCCCAAGGACCAGGUUUGUAAAAUCUGCUCUGCGAAUAUUGAUAGGUGUCGUGCUGUAUAUUAUUGCCAGGAAUGUUGCGGAUAUGUUGCUCACACUACAUGCAUGCCAGUUGAGUACUUCCAGAAAGAAGACAACAAAGACAGAGACGUUAAUAUUGAAGAUGAUGAUUAUGAGUCUGAUGAUGCUGAGAAGAUCAAACACUUCAGUCAUCAACAUCUUUUAGUCGCUAAUGAUCAUUGUCAGGAGGUUAAGGAUGACAGAAUAAUUACUUGUCAGGGUUGCAUCCGACCUGUCACUCAAGACUUCUACAGCUGUAAUAAACAAGAAGAGUCUUGCCAUUUCUAUCUCCACAAAACUUGCGCUCGAUUGCCAGAAAAGAUGCUUCUCCCUUUUCUUCACCAACACCAGUUCAUACUCCACUCUCGGGCUACUUCUUUUGACGGCGUGUUUCAGUGUUAUGUGUGUGGUAUCCAUCACCAAGGCUUUGUAUACAGUUGUGAUAAAUGUGCUCUGCCAACCGGCGAAAACCUUUUCUACCUUGACCUUGAGUGCAGUAUUUAUUGGGAGAACAAAUAUCUUAAACAUGAGUCUCAUGCUCACCGCCUCCUCCUCGACAUAGGAUGGGAGGACUUCUAUUGCAGGGGUUGUGGUUCAAAAAUAUUUUUCUGCUUCAGUUGUAAGAGAUGCAAUUUUCAUCUUUGCUUAGCCUGUGUUAGAUUACCUCUUACUGCUGAGCACCGAUACGACACGCAUCCUCUAAAGCUCACCUAUGAAAGUAUUGAAGACGAGCUAGGUGAAUACUACUGUGAGAUAUGUGAAGGAAAAAGGGAUCCAUCACAUUGGUUCUACUGGUGCAAAGAGUGCGAGUUUGACUGUCAUCCCCAUUGCAUUAAAGGGAGGUAUCCGCGAGUCCAGUUGGGGAGCACUUACAAGCACGACGCUCAUGUCCAACACCCCGUCACUCUUGUUAGCAAGUGGAAGAGCCCCAUUCAGGGCGAUAAGAGAGACAACAUUCUUCCUUGUGAGAAGUGCGGUGAACUUUGCCAAGGAUUAGUAUUUGAAUGCGGAGAAUGCAACAUAAAUUUCCAUCGAGACGGAUGUUGUGGAACCAUAGCUUCGGAAAGUUCUCACAGGUAUCCUCAGAUCGAAGAGCUAAGUUAAUGUCCCUGAAAUUUUAAACUGUUUCAUUCUGAUUUUCAAGUUAAUGUUUGUGUGAGAUUGAGUUCAUUAUCUGGAGGUGAUGACACAUUCUGCCACCUUUUGUUUUC